AUGGCUACCACAGAGAAACGUCCCGAGAUCAUCGAGCUCGCCCGCGGACUCACCGGAAUUCCAUGGUGCGAGGAGUAUGAGAAGAUGAUUUCCGGAAUGAUGUACAAUCCCACAGUGCCCCAGCUGCUGGAAGCCCGUCAUCGCUGCCGGGGUCUCGCGGCAGACUUCAAUCAAGUCGAUGCCAAGAAGUACACAUAUGACAAAAUUGGUGAUGUCCGGAUGGAAAUCUUGAAGAAACUUAUCGGUCGCGUGGGCGAGGGCACCUUUAUUGAACCGCCUUUCAUGCCGGAUUAUGGGUGCAACAUGAUCAUCGGCAAAGACUGCUUCUUCAACUGGAACAUGACGGUUUUGGACACCAGCCUAGUUGUCAUCGGUGAUCGAGUCCAGUUUGGCCCCAACGUGAGCAUCUUCAGUGCUGGCCAUGACACCAGUGUGCUCUCCCGGAUCAAGUUUGUGGAGUUCGGCCAUCCAGUCUUCAUUGAGGAUGACUGCUGGAUUGGCGGGAGUGUCAUUAUUCUUCCUGGCGUGAGAAUUGGCAAGGGGUCCACGGUUGGAGCUGGCUCUGUCGUGACCAAGGAUAUUCCUCCGUACUCGGUUGCCGUGGGUAAUCCGUGUAAGGUGAGGAAGACUAUUCCUUCUGUUGAAGAGGAGGUGAAUGAUCCGAACAAUCCGUAUAGAGAUCUUGUUCGUUAG